AAAGAAAGGAAGGCUGGGAACUAAGAAGCUAUUGGUUGGUGAUCCCUGGACCAAUCGGAGGAGCCGUAAUUUGGCGGGAGUCUUGACCGCCGCCUGGGCUCUUGGUACCUCAGCGCUAGCGCCAGGCGUCCGGCCGCCGUGGCGAUGUUCGUGUCCGAUUUCCGCAAAGAGUUCUACGAGGUGGUCCAGAGCCAGAGGGUCCUUCUCUUCGUGGCCUCGGACGUGGAUGCUCUGUGUGCGUGCAAGAUCCUUCAGGCCUUGUUCCAGUGUGACCACGUGCAAUAUACGCUGGUUCCAGUUUCUGGGUGGCAAGAACUUGAAACUGCAUUUCUUGAGCAUAAAGAACAGUUUCGUUAUUUUAUUCUCAUAAACUGUGGAGCUAAUGUAGACCUAUUGGAUAUUCUUCAACCUGAUGAAGACACUAUAUUCUUUGUGUGUGACACCCAUAGGCCAGUCAAUGUCGUCAAUGUAUACAACGAUACCCAGAUCAAAUUACUCAUUAAACAAGAUGAUGACCUUGAAGUUCCCGCCUAUGAAGACAUCUUCAGGGAUGAAGAGGAGGAUGAAGAGCAUUCAGGAAAUGACAGCGAUGGGUCAGAGCCUUCUGAGAAGCGCACACGGUUAGAAGAGGAGAUAGUGGAGCGAACCAUGCGGAGGAGGCAGCGGCAAGAGUGGGAGGCCCGGAGUGGCUCUGGGAGUGAACCUGUGGCCGCUGCAUUGGAGAAGAGCUCCAGGUUGUUCCCCGGUCCCAUGAGUGACAGGACAGCCCCAAGGUCUCCCAGAAGAGACAUCCUCUUUGACUACGAGCAGUAUGAAUAUCAUGGGACAUCGUCAGCCAUGGUGAUGUUUGAGCUGGCUUGGAUGCUGUCCAAGGACCUGAAUGACAUGCUGUGGUGGGCCAUCGUUGGACUAACGGACCAGUGGGUGCAAGACAAGAUCACUCAAAUGAAAUACGUGACUGAUGUCGGUGUCCUGCAGCGCCACGUUUCCCGCCACAACCACCGGAACGAGGAUGAGGAGAACACGCUCUCCGUGGACUGCACACGGAUCUCCUUUGAGUAUGACCUCCGCCUGGCGCUCUACCAGCACUGGUCCCUCCAUGACAGCCUGUGCAACACCAGCUAUACUGCAGCCAGGUUCAAGCUGUGGUCUGUGCACGGACAGAAGCGGCUCCAGGAGUUCCUCGCAGACAUGGGUCUUCCCCUGAAGCAGGUGAAGCAGAAGUUCCAGGCCAUGGACAUCUCCUUGAAGGAGAAUUUGCGGGAAAUGAUUGAAGAGUCUGCAAAUAAAUUUGGGAUGAAGGACAUGCGCGUGCAGACUUUCAGCAUUCAUUUUGGGUUCAAGCACAAGUUCCUGGCCAGUGACGUGGUCUUUGCCACCAUGUCUUUGAUGGAGAGCCCCGAGAAGGAUGGCUCAGGGACAGAUCACUUCAUCCAGGCUCUGGACAGCCUGUCCAGGAGUAACCUGGACAAGCUGUACCAUGGCCUGGAACUCGCCAAGAAGCAGCUGCGAGCCACCCAGCAGACCAUUGCCAGCUGCCUUUGCACCAACCUCGUCAUCUCCCAGGGGCCUUUCCUGUACUGCUCUCUCAUGGAGGGCACUCCAGAUGUCAUGCUGUUCUCUAGGCCGGCAUCCCUAAGCCUGCUCAGCAAACACCUGCUCAAGUCCUUUGUGUGUUCGACAAAGAACCGGCGCUGCAAGCUGCUGCCCCUGGUGAUGGCUGCCCCCCUGAGCGUGGAGCAUGGCACAGUCACCGUGGUGGGCAUCCCCCCAGAGACCGACAGCUCGGACAGGAAGAACUUUUUUGGGCGGGCAUUUGAGAAGGCAGCGGAAAGCACCAGCUCCCGGAUGCUGCACAACCAUUUUGACCUCUCAGUAAUUGAGCUGAAAGCUGAGGAUCGGAGCAAGUUUCUGGACGCGCUCAUUUCCCUCCUGUCCUAGGAAUUUGAUUUCUUCCGGAAUGACCUUCUUAUUUAUGUAACUGGCUUUCAUUUAGAUUGUAAGUUAUGGACAUGAUUUGAGAUGUAGAAGCCAUUUUUUAUUAAAUAAAAUGCUUAUUUUAGGCUCUGUCCCCA